CGGCGAUUCAAGCAGACAUAUUCAAGGAAAUACAGUAUUGCGAUGCUAUAAGAUUUGAGAAGGGCUCAUAGAGAAUAAGGCAAUCCGUGUGCUUGGUUGUCUCCCCACCACCUCUCCGGGUUCGUCAAUACCUUGGUCCUGCCCCGCGAAUUAUUUCACCAUGUCUAUACCCUCAACUUCCACCAUUUUCUCCCCAACACUUGCUCGCCAGGCUCUAGCUACUACAAAAGACUGGAAUUACGUCGAUGCAUGGCUGUCUCGCCAUUUUGCUCCAGGAUCACCUCCGGCUUUUGAGCGUAACGCCGAUACUCUUCGAGCGUUACUAGCCCUUGCUGCCGUCAACGAGUCUGUAGAUGAGGAGAACGAGUUACUCUCCAAAGCCGAUGCACGAUGUUUGUCAGAGUUGCGUCAGAAUGUGGAACCAGACGCUCGAAGCGACCUGCUAGGUAAUCUGGAGAGCAAUCUUACUGCAGAUGGUAGAAAGGGUUUGGAUGCCCUCUCUGAGACUGCGGAAGCCCUCAACCUACCGUUUGGAGACACAGAGCAAAUGGCAACACGCAUCAUGAAUUUGCAUAGCACUGCAUUCAGUCUCGAGCAGAUUGGUGCCCGGAUCGACGUUCUCGUCAACCACAUGCAGAAGGAACUGGAACUUGGAACAUCGUUCUUAAAGGAGCUCGACAGUGACAAAUAUCAGUCCCCGCCAAAUAUGGGGAAACAGACAAUGGAGUAUCAGCGGAAAACAAAGCUGCUUGCUGCCAAGCUCCCUGAAUUGCGUAAGCGGAUUUCUGCACUUACGGCUUCUGAGAGCACUGGUACAAUUAAACCGACCGUCCAAGAUGUCGUGGUCGAGGAGAAGGACUUCAUAUCCAUUGAGGCAUUGGUGAAGGACUUAGAAGGGCAGCUUAAGAGUUACCAUGGUUUGCCGCAUGAUACAGACCUGGCAAGAUUGGAGUUGGAAACAUUAAGAGCAGAGCUGACGGCGCUGAAGAAGGAAAGAGAUGGCAUGUUUGAGGGUCUGGUGGAGAGGGAAAGCCCCAAGAAACAAAGGAUACCUAGAAGAUGA